AUGGACGAUUUUGGUAUUAGAGAAGAGAUUGAGAUUUAUAUCUCAUAUAAGUACAAUACAACUCUAUGCAGUUUGCUACUUCGUCGAGAGUGCUGUUCGUCUAGCAAUGCAGAAUUUGUAAAGGUUGGCCUGAGGGAAUUGGAGCAAUGGUGCUCCAGAACAACAGAAGAGUAUGCUGGAACCUCAUGGGAAGAACUUCAACACAUAAGACAGGCAGUUGGAUUUCUGGUUUCACAUCAGAAGUCCCAAAAAUCCUUGCAGGAGUUAACAGAGGAACUCUGCCUAGACUUGACUGUCCCUCAAAUCUAUAGAAUCGGUACCAUGUUUUGGGAUGACAAGUAUGGCACGCAUGGACUAUCUCAGGAGGUGAUUACGAAGAUGAAAAUCAUGAUGACAGACGGCACACUAAACAUCACAAACAACACUUUCUUGCUGGACGACAACUCGAGCAUACCAUUCUCUGUCGAGGAGAUAUCUCGAUCGAUGGCCGAUAUCUGCCUCCCCAACGUGGACCCGCCGCCGCCGCCACCGCCACUUCUUCAGCAAAACUCAGCGCUGCGCCUCUUGUUGGAACCGCACAAAGAUUAG